GACGUCGGGAAUAUAUUUUGCAUGAAAUAUCAAUAUAAGGUUCAACACAUCAACGGUUGCAGUGGUCAAUGUGUAGAACAUUUUGCAUAACCAUAUAACAAAGCAACAAAGGAGUCGAUGAAUAUUAUUUCUAUAAAAUACUUUCAUUGAAUUUCCAAAAUGAUUAUCAUUCGUUAACGAAGUUUUAAAACUGAUGUGUAUUGUUUUAUUUUGAAUUUACGUGCACCUUCAAUAAUCCACGGUUGCUAUGAAUGGAUAAUUAAAGCAGUUGUGAAUCGAUGGCUACCCUCGUUGUGCCUUUGGCAUGUCCGCCAGACUGUCAUCUGUUUGCUGAGUCGGUGGUGGAUAACAUGGAAAACCAAACUAAAUGCGCCCAGAGUGGUCACAGGCUCUUCAUUAGGCAAUAUAGAACAUGUGCAAUAUCACGAUUGUCGGAUACGAAUGAUAUAGGUGAUCAAACUGAGGAAAACGGUAAAUCAACGUUUAAUGCUCCUGGGUGUCUUACAAAGGAGAGAUCGCAUUCCUCAAAAUAUGCAGUGGAACUUGAUGAUAGUGAAUCGCAUAAUAUCGCUAAUCACAAACUAUUGUCUCAUAGUCGCGCUGGCAGUGCAAACUGUCUUAAACAAUGUUCCAGUGGACUGUAUAACGUCAAGACGUCGCGACAUAUAUCGCAUACCAAUAGGAUCAAGGAUUAUAUUCUUCUCCUAGGUUUUUUUGCUUGUCUUUCCGUUGUUAACGCGCAUGGGAAUGGUCACACUGAACAUGAUAAAGACGGCUUUGACACUUUGCACGAGCCAUUAAAAUUUAUUGUGUGUUUAAUUACCAUAGGAAGUUCGGUUGUUGCAUUUUUUGGUGGUUCUACCUUUGCUACAAAUUACCUUGCAGAUGUUUUUGGAAAACAGGAUAAUAAAGCCGUGAGAGCUGUCGGUUGUUUGUUGGUUGCGGUUUCGCUAGUUACAGUAUUCGCUGGAUGCCACCUAAUCCUAGCAAGUCAUACCGGAGUAAGCAAAAAUGAGUUAUCCUGUCAUGUUGCCAUGCAAACGUGCGUUGGUGUUUUACUGGUGGCCGGUAUGGCUAAUCUAGGCUUAGGAACCGUUCUCUUUGCUGAGACUGUGAAGAGUGAGCAUGCCAUCAAUCCUGCAGUGGUGGGAACUAACCAAACUGUGGUUAGAGCAUUGGCAAUCACGCUAUUUGUUAUCUCCAUACUGGUAUUGUUGGCGGAUGGUGCUAUAACGGGUGCUGUAAUCAAAAUUCAUGAAUGUGAAGGCAAGCAUAUAAGUGUUUUUGGAUAUGUUAUGAGCAUCACUGCCUUCAUAGACUUUUGCAUCGGCAAUUUCAUUGUGGGUGAUUAUGAGUGUUUGUACAAGGAUGAGCUCCGAGAGUUAGUAGGUCACGGGAUUGUUGUAGUCAUCGGGCAGGUAUUCGGAUGUAUGAUUGUUGCGUCCGUCGUAUGCAGCAUGGUGGUUGACCAUGUCCACAUACGUGCUGAAAGUGCAAUUAUCCUUGCUGUGGCUAUGGCGAUUAAGGUGGUAGUCCUGGAUCACUUUAAUUUUAUGUGGGCAAUAACCAUUAUUACUGGCACUCUCAUUUUAUCUUUUAUUGUUAUAGCGGGGUUGCCAAUAGGAGCUGCUUUGCUUGAUAAUGGGCAACGCGAUAGCAAGGAGCAUAAUCAUCAUCACCACUCUCAUGGUCAUACACGUAAUCAUAGUCAUGGCAGUGAUAAUGAUGGCCAUGGCAGAUCUUCUCAUCAAGGAUCUUCAUCUGGCGAAGAACAUGAUCACCACAAAGAGAAGACUGUUAUACACAUUGCACUUGAAAGCUGUGGGACGAUAAUGGUAGCUGUUGCGGUGACUGCGUGGUUCUCUUAUAGAUUGCUUUACGAGAACCUGUAUUCGGUAGUUAGCAAAACUAUCCACGAUGUAGUUCGUUACAUCAAUUCAUAGUUAUGAGCCUUUGUGUCUGUUGUAAAUUUAAUGUUAUUGAACAUAGUAUCAUACAUGGUGUUAGGGGGUGGUUUGUAUGUGUUUAAUCCCAGAGAUU